CAACUCUCGAGAAACAAAAACCAAGAAAAUCAAAAUCAAUUGAACUUUCGCUCGCUCUCCGUCGUCUCUCCGACUUGGUCACUCUGGUAGCUUUCCAUUCUUCGCUCGAAUCAUCAUCACUCUGGAUUCUUCACUUGCAUCAUGUCGAGUGUUGAUAACAUCUUCGCUCCAGAGAGGAUUAGCAUACAGUGCUAUCUUUGGCGCUGUGAGAUACCGGUUCACGACUAUUGCUCAGACUCCCAUCGUGAGCUUGCCGUAAACGGAGAAGGAAUCGGAAACGCAAUCACUUUCAUCGAUGGGAAGAAAGAUCCAGAAAUCUUUGAGAUGUCUCGAAAGAUUUUGUUGUCAAAGAGGCGAAGAAAACAUUGUGGUGUCCCUCAUGUAGCUGCAAGCGAUAUUUGCAGUAACCCGUGGGAACAGGGGAGAGUCUUUUGGAGGGAGCUUGAACCUGAUGAAACCAAAAGAUCAUGGCUUUUUAUCUCUGAAAAAGAUCCCGAGGGUUUUGGAAUCAUGUGGCUACCGGUUCACCGUCCCAUAGACCUUCCAGGUGGAUGCGUUUGUCAGAAGUACUGGCUACAACCUGAUUACAUCCAAGCGAGUGGCUCCUUUCGCCUGCUGAGGAUAACGGAUUGCUUUGAGCGUUUCAACAAAGCUGUCUACUGGCUUAACUUUAUGUAUCAUAACAAGGUGGCUGAUAAAGGUAAAGCAGUUACUGUGGGGGUAUCAUCCGAGGGGAAGCCUGCCAAACGCCAACAUAUGGACCCUACCCACAUUGGCCUCCCAAAGGUGCUUCAGAUGGACCCGAAUUACCACCCUCCUCGUGGAUCAACAUCCCUUAAGCUCAAUCAGGUUCAAACGGUGCCUAUGAUGGGAUAUGGCAAGCUUGUUCAUACCCUUGAUGGAAGCUAUGUUUUGGUUAAAGGGAAGGUGGCUCAAACGCUGCCAGUGGAGGUCAUCAUAUCUCAUCUCUUGGGUAUAUUUGAGAAAGCUCGAGCAAAGAAAUUGGAGGAGUAUUUGGCUCAGGCGUCCCCUGAGUUUCUGAUAGAGAUGCUGGAGCUAUGUGACAAUCGGAUGGUACUGUUUGACAAGGAUAAGCGCAAGAAAGCCGAGCAAGAGCUACUUGACCAGAAUAAGGAGAUGCUGGAGCUAUGUGACAAUCGAAUGCUACUGUUUGAGAAGGAUAAGCGCAAGAAAGCCGUGCAAGUUCAGAAGCUUCUCUCACUUGUUGAUUCCAUCUCUAGAAACUGCAAUGGAAAACCGUUUGCAGAUGAAUUGUUCCAUGAGCUUCAGGAGCUACUUGACCAGAAUAAGGAGGUUGAAGCGCUCAAGGGUUACGAUACGAUGCAGCAGGUGUACUUUCGUAAGCAAGUGGGGAACAAGGAGGGAGAGGUGAACGACAAUGAGAGUGGGAAGGAGAAACAGGUCAGUGUGGCAGACUGAUGGGGAAGAAGGGAGCAAAGCCGAGGUUGAAAAUAGAGACUUUUCAAGUUGGGAUCUUUUAUAUUUUCGCUAUGGAUAAGAGGAAUAAGAGUCAUGAGUUUUCCAUGCUUGUACAUAAGAACGCUAUGAGACCUCUGUGAUAUUUCCUUUUGUAAUCAUUCCUGUACUUUGGAUCCUUUUCUAUUUGGAUUUACACAAGGCAGGUAUUGUUCAGUAAAA